CAUCUGUCCCUCUCGGCUCUCAGUCUUGUUGCUUUCUUCCAGGAUGAAGGUCGGGAUCGCCGCGCUGAUUGCCGGCCUCAUCGGAGGAGUCGGGGUCCUCUUGUUCCUCGUGGCGUUCGGAACGGACUAUUGGCUGCUGGCGACCGAGAACUGCGGGGGCCGAGAGGGGGCGGUGACCCCCGGAGAGGUAAAGCACACCGGGGUACACCCAGAUUCUACAGACAUAAGACACCAUAGAAAGACAGAAUAAAGAUUGGCAGAGUUUGAAUUUAAUUCCACUUUAUUAUCUCUUCUCUUCCCAGCCAGCCAGGCACACCCCAAACACUGCAUAGAGGGCUACCUGUUCCCCAUGCCCAUCGCCCUGGGGCCAGUCCCGCACCCCUCCUAUGACCCCACUGCUGUGUACAGAGGCUUCUGGACGGCGUUCAUCGUCCUCGCCGUGGCUGCCAGCCUGGUGGGCGGGCUCCUCCUGGUGUGCGCUGUGCCCUUCGCCGCCGCCCGGCUCUAUAAAGUAGGAGGAGGAUUCCUCAUCACUGCUGGCGUCUUGCUGGCGUUCCUGAUCGCGCUGUUCGCUGUGUGGAAGGAGUUCGCCGCCGACCUGGAGAAGUACAUCCUGCUGGAGCGGGUUCAGCGCUGCGCCCCGGACUCUCGCGUCCACGUCUAUUACGGAUGGUCGUUCAUGUUCGCCGCCGCCGGGACCCCGCUGGUGCUGCUCUCCGGCCUCCUGUUCUUGUGCAUCAGCCGAAGUAUCCACGUAGAAGAGAAAUAGGCGCGGCGGCGGCGGCGACGAAGAUUGCGGAUUUCUCGAUGGCGGGCACAAAGCAAUUCCCAAGAAAAGAACAUUUUGAUGUCUAUAUUCAUAAGUAACCAGCUGUGAGGAGCCGAUUAAGAGUCAGAUAGAAGGCAACGCACAGACGACGCCUGGCGGGGGAGCGCGGCCUAUCGCAGUAAAAUAAAUAUCACGUCCGCGCCCGGGAGCUGCCACCGCCGUGGCACGCGGCUGUAA